ACGAAGCAAGAUGUUUAAUAUCUUCAGUUCCUUCCCAACCCGCGUGUUACUCGACGCGGUUCUACCCGUUCUGCGGCUCCUACUCGCUUCGGUGAUGAAAGAAGCCCUGCUCACAGCUUCCGAUCUUCGACCUCCUGAAAAACUCACGGUGCAAUACGACUUUAUUGUGGUGGGCGGGGGGACGGCCGGAAGUGUGGUGGCCGCCCGACUCGCCGAAGUUAGCUGGUGGCGGGUGCUGGUGCUGGAGGCCGGGGGGUCGCCGCCCCUGGAGAGCUACGUCCCUGGCCUCGAGGGGCUGGGGUACCUUCGGGGGAACAACAACUGGGAUUACGUGACGGAGCGGCAGAGGAACGCGCUGAAGAAUUAUGACGGGCAGAGCGCACCUAUUCUCCAAGGACGCGUUCUAGGAGGCUCCAGCACCACCAACGAGAUGCUCUACGUCCGGGGGAAUCGUCGAGACUUCGAUCACUGGGCGGACCUUGACAACCCCGGCUGGGACUACGAAUCGGUGCUCUACUACUUCAGGAAAGCGGAGGACUAUCGCGGUGGACACUUGGGGGACACAGGUGAGCUUGUCAAUAAAGAUAACAUGUUCGUAACAGGUCCGGGGGUCUCCGCCGCGUUCGCUCAGCGGGAGGUCAUCCUAACAACAGGUGCCUUGGCGUCGCCGAAGCUGCUUAUGGUGUCAGGUGUCGGUCCCGCUCGCCACCUCGCUCGCCACAACGUGGAAGUGAUAGCAGACAUCCCCGGCGUCGGCCAGAACCUGCAGGACCACCUAGGGGUGUUCGGACUCACCUGGACCGUCCGCCAAGGUUCCCUCCCUCUGCUGGGUACGAGUCUGAGUCCGGAUGCAGUCAAGAGUUAUGUGAAGACAAGAGGAGGUGAGAGUUCCUUUUCGGUUGAUGUGGACGAUUGGGCCGCGCACAGCUUCAACCUCUCCUCGGCCACAGGUCCCUACGCGGCGCCCUUGGGGGACCACGGCAGCGUCUGGCUCAAGGUCACGGAAGGAGGUCACGAGGGUCACCCCGACGUGGAGGUCCGGCUCUCUCCUGCGGCCCAGCACCUCGACCUAGGACUCUUCUCGCCUCACGUGUAUAGGAUGGACGAGCUGUUGAACACUUUUGUAGAGUUAAGUUUUAGGUUCAUAUGGCAGGAUAAAAGGAAAUAUAAAAAAUAUUACAUACCCCUAUUUGGCCGGGAAGGCUUCACACUCCUGCCUAGCCUCCUGAGACCGAAAAGUCGGGGUUCGGUCACGCUUCGGUCAAGAAACCCGACUGAUUUGCCUGUCAUUGAUCCAAAUUAUUUAAGUCACCCCGAUGAUCUUGAGACGUUGGUUGCCGGUAUCAAAAUUGCGCUAAAUUUAGGAAACGGAACAAGUUUCAUGGAAAAUUUUGGUGCCGAGUUCCACGACAAGCCAGUCCCAGGGUGCAAAUUGAAAUCCUUUGGCACCGACGACUACUGGGCAUGUUAUGUACGUCACAUGGCAUCCUCCUUCUGGCACCCGGCUGGCACCUGCAAGAUGGGACCCGUCUCGGACCCGGACGCCGUGGUUGAUCACAAACUCAGGGUACGAGGCGUGUCCGGGCUGCGAGUUGUGGAUGCCUCGGUCAUGCCCGUUAUUACAUCCGGCCCCAUCUUAGCGCCGGUUGUCAUGAUCGCCGAAAAAGCAGCGGACGACGUCAAGAAGGAAUGGGGGAUCGAUGUCUGA